UUCGAUGUAGUUUCAGCUGAUCAGUCAUCGAUUUAGGGUUGAGGGUGCCACUGCGUGAUGGGGGCCAAUACAGUACCUCUGGCCAUAUUCCUAGUGUUCCUAGGAUGUGCCUCCAACGUAGUCAUUCUGGAGAUGAUCGUCAAGUGAGCAAGGAAGCUAUCUACAGCUAUGGCAGUUGCAAGCUCUAGCUCGUGCCAGCCCCCUCGCAAGGAGACUCUUGCCUUCGCGAGACUUAUGCGAGAUGUCAUAUCUAUAUUUAGUGUUUUAUUUCUGUCCCUCUGUCGUCAGAGAGGACUCGGGGGCUGGAAACAUCGUCACGUUCUGUCAGUUUCUCUUCAUCUCGGUGGAAGGACUGUUCUUCGUCUCUCAUUUUUUCACAGUCCCUCCAAUCAUUCCUAUUAGAAAGUAUAUGAUAAUGGUGAUUCUCUACUUCUGUGUGAGUGUCAUCAACAACUACUCCCUAAUCUUCGACAUUCCCAUGCCACUCCACAUGAUAUUCAGAGCGGGCUCUCUGAUGGCUAAUAUGAUACUGGGUAUUCUCCCUACUGAGCAAAAGAUAUCCUCUGUCCAAGUAUCUGUCAGUGGCCAUGAUAACUGUGGGGAUCUCCAUUGCCACCCUUGCCUCUGCUGGACAAAUGCAAGAGCAAGAUGAUGAUAGUGAAAGGGAGACAGAGGAUGAAGGGACGUGGAGAAUCAUGAAACUCCUCAGUGGCAUAGCCUUUCUUCUACUGGCUCUGUUUCUAUCAGCCUACAUGGGCAUCUACCAGGAGAAGAUCUACGCAGCACAUGGAAAACACGCACGAGAAGCCAUGUUUUAUAAUCAUGCCCUUCCCCUGCCGGGGUUCCUGCUGCUAGCUCCAGACAUUUGGAGCAGGAUGAAGACCUUCUCUGCCUCAACACCAGUGUCAUUAGGACCACUGUCACUGCCGUACAUGUGGGCCUAUCUGAUAGCAAACUGCAUCACACAGUACGUGUGCAUCAGGGGAGUCUUCACACUCACAACACAGUGUACCUCGCUAUUCGUGACACUGGUGGUCACGCUCAGGAAGUUCUUCAGUCUCAUCGUCUCCAUCUUCUACUUUCACAACCCGUUUACCGCCCAGCACUGGCUGGCGACUGCCCUGGUUUUUACCGGGACACUUCUGUUCAGCGGAACACUGCAGACUCUGGGUCGCACCGUUUUAGGAUUGGACAGGGAGAAGAAGAAAACGACGUAAUCGUAGAUGAAACUCAUUCCAACCACCC